CAUCCAUUCGUUCAUCCGUUCGUUCAUCCGUUCGUUCAUCCGUUCACUCAUUCAUCCGCGGCCUUUGUCGGCCCACUCCCGUCCCCGCCGCCUCGGCGCGGUCUCGUCUCGCCCUCGCGGCCGUGUUCUCGGCUGGCUCGCGGCGUUAUCGCUUUGGUCUUCGCUCGGUCGCCUUGCCCUGUCCUUUCGUCUGUUGCUGCCCUUGGCCCAUCUCGAUGAAGAGAGAUCCGUCGCCCUCCAAGCAAGACUCUGCCAGCAAACUGUUCAAAAUGUCCCAGGAACACCACAAGGUCGUCAUCAUCGGCUCUGGCCCCGCUGGCCACACCGCCGCCAUCUACCUCGCCCGUGCCAACAUGAACCCUGUCCUCUAUGAGGGCUUCAUGGCUGCCGGUGUCGCCGCUGGCGGCCAGCUCACCACCACCACCGAAGUCGAGAACUUCCCUGGUUUUCCCAAUGCCAUCUCUGGCCCUGAGCUCAUGGAGCUGCUGAAGCAGCAGUCCACUCGAUUCGGCACCACCGUCAUCACCGAGACCAUUUCCAGGGUCGACUUUUCCCAGCGCCCCUUCCGCCUCUGGCGCGAGGGUGCCGACACCGAGGACCAGCAGGCCAUCCUGGCCGAUGCCGUCGUCAUUGCUACCGGUGCCACUGCCAAGCGGCUCAACAUUGCUGGCGAGGACGUCUUCUGGCAGGCUGGUAUCUCGGCCUGCGCUGUCUGUGACGGUGCCGCCCCUAUCUUCCGGAACAAGCCCAUCGUCGUCGUCGGUGGUGGCGACUCUGCUUCGGAGGAGGCCACUUUCCUCACCCGCUAUGCCUCCAAGGUCUAUGUCCUCGUCCGCCGCGACAAGCUCCGCGCCUCCAAGGUCAUGGCUGACCGCAUGCUCGCCCACCCCAAGAUCGAGGUCCUGUGGAACAAGAUCCCGAUCGAGGCCAAGGGCGACCGCCUCAUGAAGGAACUCGUCAUCGAGGACACCGUCACCAAGGAGCGCACCACCCUGACCGCCAACGGCCUCUUCUAUGCCAUCGGCCACCAGCCCAACACCGCCAUCUUCCAGGGCCAGCUCGAGACCGACGAGGUCGGCUACCUGGUCACCAAGGUCCGCGACGGUGCCGCCAGCACCUACACCAGCGUCGAGGGUGUCUUUGCCUGCGGCGACGUCCAGGACAAGACCUACCGCCAGGCCAUCACCGCUGCUGGAUCGGGCUGUAUGGCUGCUCUGGAUGCCGAGCGAUGGCUCGAGGCCCAGGAGUUUGCCGCCGGCCACUAAAUGUAUAGUACGCCUCUCCCUCCCUUCUCAAUCCAUUUCGAGAGCAUAACAUACCGGUGGUCGGAUAGACAGAAUUCAGACCGAGUGGGCGGACGAAAGAAUGAGAGGUGGAGGGAGGAGGAAGGAAGGGGCCGAUGUGCCCAGGAUUUGAAAGGGAACGAUGCUCAACACAUCCCAUCACUGGAAUCGUGCGGUACCGUUGAUCAUACUGCCUCGAAUGUCUGCAUGUGCUUGCUUGGGUGUCUGAGCUGUGUGGGAAUGAACUUAUUCGGUUCUCAGUGAAAUGAAGUGAGUCAGUUGCAUAUAUGACUGGCGUUGCCGCAAGUGGGAAACGCCUCAUUCGUGGUGUGCGGUUUCUGGGGUUCCUCGGGUGAAUGGAGUGGAUGGGAUGGGUUGGGCAGGAGGAACGGGUGAAUGGAGG